AUGAUUGAACAAUUAUUUUCAGCUUUUAUUGUUCUUGCUAUUCUUGGACUUAUUGUUCUAAGCAUUAUCUGUCUUUUACGUUCAUUUAAUAUGGCAGCUCGAAGUGAAAAUGAAAAAUACUUCCAAGAUCCAAUAACAAAAUCUCGAAAACAAUUUCCUUCGCUCAGUGAUUCACAUUCGAAAUAUCUUUCUGUUAUUAUUCCAGCUUAUAAAGAAGUUGAUCGAUUACCAACUAUGAUCAAAGAUACAAUGAGUUAUUUAGAACAACGUCAGGGAAAAGAUCAAUCAUUUACAUAUGAAUUAAUUAUUGUCGAUGAUGGAAGUCCUGAUAAAACUAGUGAAGUUGCACUUCAAUAUAGUAAACAAUAUGGAACAGAUAUUGUUCGAGUAUUAACAUUAGAUGUUAAUCGUGGUAAAGGUGGUGCUGUAAGAAUGGGUGUAUUAAGUGCUCGAGGUCAAUGGAUAUUAUUUGCUGAUGCUGAUGGUGCAACAAAAUUUAGUGAUUUUACUAAAGUUGAAAAUAAAGCUCGAGACAACAUAAAAAAUAAUAAUAUUGUUGUUUGUGGUUCAAGACGUCAUUUAGAGCAAGAUUCUGUUUCAAAAAGAUCUGCAUUUCGUACAUUACUUAUGUAUGUAUUUCAUUUUGAAGUAUGGUUAUUCGCUGUUAAAUCUAUUCGUGAUACACAAUGUGGUUUUAAAUUAUUUUCACGUGAAAGUGCAAGAAGAAUUUUUUCACAAAUGCAUGUUGAACGAUGGGCAUUUGAUGUUGAAGUUUUAUAUAUUGCCGAAAAAUUAAAUAUUCCCAUUGUUGAAGUUGAUGUUAAUUGGCAAGAAAUUCCCGGUUCAAAACUCGAUCCAUUUACUGCUUCAAUUCAAAUGGGUAUUGAUAUAUUAGCUAUUUGGUUACGAUAUAUAUUAGGAAUAUGGACAAUUCAACGUAAAAAUGAAUAA